UGUACGCCGCUGUUGCUCACAACACAUAUUUAUACAGCCUCUGUCUCACACUAUAUGUCUAUAUAGUUGUAUGUUGUGGCGAUGGUGAUGAUAGUGGUGGUGUUUUGUAUGUGUGAGAUGGACCCCUACUGUACGUUUGACGGCGCACCGCCUGUUGUUGCUACAUACACCCACGUGACGACUGAUAUGAAGCACCUGCGCAUGUCCCAAAUAAACAUAUCUCUUAGUGAGAAUUACUGCUGAUGAUUGGAGCGGUACAAACGCAACUGAUGCCCUGCCUCCGUCUUCAGUCCAGCUGUCAGCUUACUGAACCUGCAUUCGUGCCCGCAUGUAGGCCUAUUGCAUGCAUUUUAGACGUACAGCAAAAUGUCAGACUGAAGUGAGUGCUGUGAGGAAUAUAGUACGUGUCAAUAAAUGAAAAUAUUGCGGAUGGUCAUACAGAAACCAUUAAAGGAUGAAGUUACACGUUCUAUAAUAGAAGAAGUUUGAGGAAUUGGACCUGUGGAAAACACGGGAUUUUCAGUUCAGAACCUUUUGUCUUCUUUACAGCAUUAUGCUGUGAAGUCAUAUGGCGGAAUGGAGGAACACCUCCACCUUUCUUGACGUCGGUGCUAGAUGGAGAAGCCGGGAUAUCGCAGUUGGUACAAUGAUUGGCUGCGAGCUGGACGACCGAGGGUUCGGAGUUCGAGUCCUGUUAAAGGCUUUUGAAACAAAUGAAUGGACGACGGAGGGUUAUUUUGAACAUUUGGAGCAGUUGCUGAAGCCAUGAAAACGUAUGGAAUACAAACGCUAUAUACCCGAGACUACGGCCCAACCAAUAUCCACUCCCCCACGUCGCCUGCAGAGUCCAGCCAUGCGCGAACCUACGAUUUACCAAACCAACAGGACAUCCAAACACAAGGUGAGCGGAGAGUCAAACGGUUCAGCAUUUUCGCUCGAUGCGAAGAAGAGUCCAUUGGCUCUGCUAGCUCAGACAUGCAGUCAGAUAGGAGCCGAUUCUCCAAACUCCAAACCACUGAUCCCACCGCUUGAGAAGCCCACGAAGAACAGCAAGGCAGACACUUCUCGAGAGAAGGCCUCACCAGCUUCCUCCAUUGGCAGCAACUCUGUAUGCGACGUGGUUGUCAAGUCCAGUUUCAAGCCCUAUGAAUCAUGUACAAGGGACAAGACAGGAUCUCCGGAGGAGAGGGGAGGCUCGGCGUCUUCAGGAAGCCGUGUUCGGACCCCGGUAUCGUCUGUCAAAAGUAAUAACAAUACACCAGGCUCUAAUAGCGGUAGGUGUAGUAGCAAUCAUAGCGCGUCCUCGCCUAGGUCAUCACCUGCUGGUGUAGGCCGCAAGACGCCGGCCACGUCAUCAGCGACGCCAUCAUCUAGCGCCGGUCAAACCGUGGACUCUGCCGCUGUGACAACGAAGGCGGGCUCGGGCGAAAGCACUACUGUGUCUCGCACAGUGCCCAGCCCUAUAGCGAACGCCAAGGUUGGAUUCACACCGAGUCUGUUACCGGCUUCAGCAGAUCCCGCCCUCAAAGACAUCCCCCUGGGGACAUUCAAGCCCAGCACGGGGCUUCCAGUAUCGACGGCGGCUUACCUUGGAGGUUACCCCGCACCUGGAACUCAUUUUCCCAUGGAUGUGAUGGCGAGCAGCCUCAUGUCACCGCACCAUCAGCACCUCAAGCCCGGCCUCAACCCAUACAUCGGCUACGCGCGAAUGAAGACCCCGUCGGGGGCAGACACGCUGGUGCCCAUUUGUCGCGACCCGUACUGCACGGGCUGUCAACUAAGUUCUCAUCUCCUAGCCGCGUCGGGUGCCGCAGCCGCUGCGGCUUCGGGAGGCAAGACUCCGGUCUCUGGUGCGGCAGCGGGUCCCUGUCCGGGAGGUUGCGCCCAGUGUGAUCACGCCAGCGCUGCGGCAGCCGGUAAGUCCGGCAGCUUCCUGCAAGGCCACCAUAACCCAGCUGCGGCUGCAGCUUACGCCCAUGCUCAGCUGGCUGCUCUGGCAGCCGCCUCUCACCUGCCAUACGUCUGCAGCUGGAUCGCGGGUGACGCGGCCUACUGCGGGAAACGCUUCUCCAACUCGGAGGAGCUGCUGCAGCACCUGCGAACCCAUACUAACCUCACCACGUCGGCCUCCGACUCCAGUGCCACGGCACUGUCGCUACUAAGCCCGCCAGGACUCACACCAACUCACCCGCUCUUUCACAGAACGUACCCGACGCCACCGCUCAGUCCCCUUGCCACGGCCAGGUAUCAUCCCUACAGCAAGCCUCCACUGCUACCGCCCUCCCUUUCGGCGGCCUCAUCCUUAGGAUUUCCGCUUCACCCCCACCCCGGAAUACCACCCUACUUCUCCCCAUACACUCUAUAUGGACAGCGUCUAGGUGCCGCGUCUGGUAUGCAUCCAUGAGCAUUGGCGUCGGUGCUCGAACUCCUUCGGGCAGAGAAGAACUUCACGGCAUGAUACGCUGAUAUGGAGCCAACACGAUUCCAUAGCUUUAUAGCAAAGAGACACGGACAAGGUCGAUCAUUCAUCCUGCCCUAAUAAGUUAUGUGGCCAAGGAAGUUAUCAAAGACGGGUUAGGGAACAGAAGACAUUUUUGUAAUGCUAAUGUACAUAAUUAGAGAUGUUGCAUGAAUGGGCGAUAAAGAAUGUGUAUUGUACAUUGUUUAUGUUUGAUAAAGAGAGAGUCAUAAUGUACAGUAAACAGAAUGUGCAAAGAACAGUGAUCCUUUUGUAUAGGUGGUGUGAUUUACAUGACUCAGGAUAACUGCAUAUUCUUAAGAAAAUGACCAACAGCUUCUACGUCAUAAAGAGUCCCAGUGAGCUACGUGCUGAUGUAAGGAGGGUGCAUGACAUCUUUUGGGGCCCUGUAAAAAUAAUAUGCAUGCUAUUUAUUUGACAAGGUGCACACAAUUCAUGUAAGUAAUGUAUAUUUGUUUUAUAUACUGUAAUUUGUUAUGUGUAACCAAAGUUCAGAAUAUUAUUUACAUUUUUAUUGUGUUCCAUAAAUUAUGACUGUCCAUUUACUUACAUUAUUAUAUGGCCAUUAUCCAUGCAGUACAUCUAAAUAAAAACAGAAAAAUAUUAAAGUAGCCAUCAAUCUCUUUUUGUUAUAAGAGUUAGAUGUUUUUUAAAAGUAAACUUUUAACUGAAUGGUCAGUUUUGUACUUCUGUAAUUGAAUAUCUUCAAAGCUUAAACCUUUAUUGACAAAGUUUUCUCAUUUGUCAGUGCACCUUCAAUAUUCUUUACUGGUUACUGUUGCUGUAAGGAAGGGAAGGACGUUGUCACUGGCUGUUGGACGUCCUCUGUCUGAUUCGUAAUCACAUUCCACAAAACGUUCUCGCCUGCACCACUCUUGCAGAUUAAUUGUGCAACACCUUUCCGACUGUUAAAUCAGCCUUCAGAGUUCCUCCAGUUUCUGUUCUCUUCACGUUGCAGCAACUUAAUGUACCGAACGAGAUCUCUGUUACUUAGAAAGCUCAGUAAGAUGCAGAUAACUCAUACCUUAUUGCCUAUCAAUACUAUAUUUAAUGUUUUAUUUUGAUGAAAUUUAGAGUACGAAUUUUACUCAUUUAAAAUUAUUAAUAUAGUUACCAUAAUAUAUUCAGUUCUUCGUUGAAUUUUUUUUUUUAUUUUUAUAACGAAAUCAAAAUUACAUGCGAGUGUUUCAUUAACAUCCUGAAAAUGACUGGCAGCAGGCAGUUUAUGUUUAAGGAAUAUUUAUUUCAUUUUUUGGCACUUGCAAGGAUUUUUUUUUUAUGGGCUCUGGGGUGGUUAGCUGAGCUCCCGGCAGGAGCAAGAAAUUGUUCUCCGCAGUUUCCAGACCGGCUGUGGGAGCCCAACCAGCCUUCUAUGCAAUGGUAAUGGGGCUGGAGCUUGAUGCUGACCACUCACCCCCAUCUGGUGCCCAGGUUGCGAAUAGUGGAGCUGUACUUCACUCUCUCAUACAUCUUCAUGGCGAGGUGCUUGAUUAAACACAAGGAAAAUAUUGUCACCUUUGCACCCUUAUUAUUUUACAACACAUAUUAUUACUUUACAUGUUAAAAUCCCUGCAAUAUCUAAGCUCAAAAUCUAAACCAAUAUGUUGGCUCUUAACUGCAGUAUACUGCAUUGACGUCAGAUUUAUGUUAAACACACACAAAUAAAGUUAAUCCAGAUUAAUAUUGGAAUUUCAUGGUUUAUCUUGAUGUCGAUAUUAUCUUUUGACACUUGCUUAACAGAUGUUAAAGCAAUGGACUGAAGACUUCAUGUAGAUUAUAUGUAUUUUAAAUUAAAUCUGAACUGUUAAUCUAUGUAUUCUCUGAUAUCAUGGUUUAAUUUCAAUACAUUUUUCUGAAGCUUUAAACUGUACUUCAUCCAAACUCUGGUUUCCCUUAAGAUACUGAAUCUGAAAAUGCUUUUAAUUUUCUCAGAUUACAAAAUAAUGACUAAAACUAUUUAUGUACCUACGAGAAUAGUAUGUGUACACACUUUCUAUUGAAUCUGCUCAAUUCCUGUUUACAGUGUUAUAUAAAUUGUGGCUGGUAAUACCACUUAGAAAAAGGCAUUACUUAAAUAGUGGAUAGAUACAUUAAGACAAGGUACCUGCAGCGUAUGACAGAUUUAUGUUGGAAAUUAAAAGAGCAGAGAACAACAUUCAGUAAUAAAUAAAACAUGUUUGUUACGUGGACAAUCUACAUUUCUCCAGUUGCUGUCACUGAAAGUUGUUGACAGUUGUGGGAUGAAGGCUCAGACAGCGGUGACUAUAAAGGGAUGUGACGCCAUGUCGUUUGGUAGAUACGUACCAACAUUUCGGAGGAACCUACUGCCUCCAUCUUCAGAGUAGAGGAGUCAGAAGAUGGCUGGAGCUUGUUCCUUGCAGACAUCGGUUCUGCUUACCAAGAUACUCAUGCAUGGUGUCACAUCUCAGAAGAUAGUAACCUUCACGGUUGUCACUUGUUAUUGGUACAAAAGAUGUGAUCUUCAAACUGUAAGACUAAUGAGUGUUACUGUUUAGAAAAUCUGAAAGUUCAUUUCUGUGGUCGGAGUGUUUGCUAGUGUUUGUGAAGGAGAGGUAUGUAUGACUCAUUGGUAGAGAUGACAACUAGCACUAAUUGAUAUGCUGUUAGGUAUGCAGACUGUACAAGAUCUUCUGUCCGUCUUAUACCAAUUAGUAGUUUCACACUUAAAAUAAAGGGAUUAUAACUACACCAUUCUGAAAGACGUGCCUAGUUUAUUUUCGCGUGUGUUCUUAAUUGGCAUUAUAUGAAGGACACAUCUGUAGAAGAAAAUCUCAACCAGUAUAUUAGUAUAUCUUCAUUAUCAUCAUUUGCAAAACAACGUUUUUGGGCUGUAGCCUUCGGUAGAAGAUUCUGCCAGAUUUUUCCUGUUGCUGGCCGUUCUUUCCAGCUUCUUUCCUCCUGAGCUUUAACAUUGUCCAGUCUUGUCCGGUCCAUCGACACAUCUCAGUUGCUCUUCUGCCUUCUGGUUUGGCAUUAAGAAUUCUUUUCGCAUGUCGUUGCUGGUUUAUUCGAACAACAUGACCAACCCAUUUCAACCUAACCACUUUUAUAAAGGUUAUAAUAUCCAUACCUUCAUACAAGAAUUACACUUCAUCACUGCACCUAGUUCCCCAGUCAUUGUUCUCUUUGAUUGACACAUACAUGAAUGUUAAAACUGUUUUCUCAAAGAUAACAAGAGCUUUUUCAUCAGAUGCCCAUGUUUGUGAUGUGUAUGUUAGGACUGGCCUAAUUAAUACCUUACAUAACAUGAUUUUACUUUACCAUGAAAUUAUAUAUGAUUUUAAUUGGUUCUUUUAUCUACAAAGUUCUAACAUUUGGUCAUAUUGCAAUUCAAAAUUCGGAAGAUUUUCUGCUAUAGAGCUACAUUUGAGUGAUUGGUGCAGUGACAUUCAUUUCUUUCGGUAGGCAUAGUACUGCUCUGCCCACUUCAGCUUUGGUGUUGUUUGAGCUUGUUAUUAAGUAUGAUGUCUUUAUUUAAGUAUGGUGUGAACCAGCCCCUGAGUUGAUUACUGUGAAACUAUUUUCCUAUAUUUCCAUACAGUUUGCCACUUAAUUUGGUGCUUACAGUCUGUCAUGAACGAAAUGUGACUACUGUAUGUGUCAUAGCUAGUCCAGUUUCAUUUUUAUCCCACUUAAUAAUCAUUAUAGUCUCUUUGUAAUUCUCAAAAAUACAUAAUACCGACAAGUGUAUUUUAAUUGUUACCUUUUUAGUUGUUUUUUUUUCAAAUCUGUGGUGAAUAAAUGACAAAAAGAAUAAAUUAUGA